AUGCCCUUCUUCAGUAUGUAUAACAGCGAAGGCACACGUGCCGUAGUUGUGGACGUUUUCGUGGACAAGACGUCUUCUUCGUUUCUGUAUCUGGUAGAUUUCCAUAGAAAUGUCGCCCUCCAGAAAAUGGUACUAACCAUCUUAGUUCCGCUUUCGGUCAAGAUUGCCAUGACGGUAGGUGCUGUUACCGGUGCUGCAAUUGCCAUUGCCAACAACAAGGAGAAGGUCUUGGAAACGGCAGAAUUCGUGUUCCAAAUGGGAGCCGAUUUCUGUAGAGCAAAACUAGAAGAGGCCAAAGUUGCUAAUAUGCAUUUUGCAGAUGCCUACGAAGACAACGAGUUUGCUAGCGAAGCUCCAAGUGCUCGUUCUACAGGGAGAUCUUAUAGUCACGAAACAGACGACGAUUCGGCUACUACGCCAGAAACGUCUGAUUUUUCUGAUGACGAAAUGUUUUACGGCGACGAAAGUGAUUCUGUAGUUGAAUUAGAUGUGCAAAGUUUAGACUAA